CUAGCUUGCCUGCUUUCACCGGUGACCCGAACCCUUUAAUGAGAACCUUGUCUGCUUCAGUUGAAACCCAUACUCCGUACAGCGCAAGCCUCUCGCGUAUCUAUACCAAGUCAAACGGAAACUUCCCGCGCUCUGCUUCAUUUUUUCCGUCAUUUGAACUACAUGCCAAGAACCGGCGCUACCUUUUCACCACCUGCUUACCUCGCUCUAGGUCCGGAUGCUAUCGUCUCAUCUUCAUCUUAUCCCUUCUUUGGUCUGGGUUGGUCUGGCUCGGUUCCGCAGCGACACAAGGUUGACAAGUUUAGCGGCCCAAAAGAAAACCAAACGUCAGCAAGCCAAACCUCGGGGAGUCUGGACCCCGUCAUGGGCUAGGUGGUCUGGCUGGUGGUCUGGCCCGGACUACCCAUCAAACGGCCUCGGAGCUCGAGAAGCACAAGCCGCUUACACAAACAAGAGUCCAGUCUCGGCCCAUGGGCCAGAACUGCCAGCGACCAGCCUGCCAGCCCCCCUACCCUUCCCAUCGUGUCGUCGGAGGUUACGAACGGAUGGUAGAGCCUGCAGCAGCAUAAACUCUCGUGGCCUCCCACAUCAGACGGCAUCCCUUCUCGCAGGCACUUCUUCUUCUGUUUUGAUCUCCUGCUCCUCUACCUACCUUACUUCGUACGAGCCCUUUCUCGACGUCAAACCCCCAGAAAGAUCAUCCUCCUUCCCCGCCGCCGCCCCCCCCAGCGUUCGCCGAUCUCCCGGAUCAUCUCUGCAAGUCCUUCCUCGUGUCUCCUCGUGUCGAGAUCCACCGUUGGAUCUUUUUCUACUGCCUGUUCACCCUCUUCACAGGUCACGAUGCGAGAUCGAUGGAACAGUGGGCAAAUCGACAGACCCCAGCCGGGGAGCAGAAAAAUUUAGAAUCCCAUCCACCCAGCCCUACGAACCGAUGACUUUCACCACCACCAUCAUCCCCGGCCGAAUCUCCGGUAAUCCGCCGGACCCCAAGAAAGAGGAGCAAGAGAAUCCCCAACGGUCGUGGUGUGGGCCACCGGCAGCAGCGGACCAGCGAUACUUUCAGACGAAAACAAAAAAAAAAGCCCAAUCUAGAUUUUGGAUCCCUCGGUCCCGUCCCUCCUGGAUUGUGGAACACACGCGCAGUUCAUUGCGGAGGAGAAAAAAAGAGGGAUGGUCCAGACCGUUCCGGACCUCCUUGUCAGGGACCCCGGCACAUCAGACCACCCGGCGCCACACGGCCGGGCCUAGACCUCACCCAUCGACCAUCCCAUCCAUCCCGUCCCCCAUCCCAUGCGGGGGGGCGUUACCGUACCGUACCGUACCACAACCGCAACAACCACACAGACACCACCACCCCCUCCCGAAAAGCUUCCCGCCUGCACACUGCGCGUCCUACCCGCAUGGAUCGGGGAGGGUCCUACUCCGUACACCCUUAAGAUCUGGCGUGAACCUGAGUCUGGGCUCUCACUGUGGCCAAGAGAUCUCAGUCUUCAGUAUUAGCAGAGCGUCUUGGUACCUAGUGGCAGCACCCUCUACUCCGUAUACGCCGUAUACGGUGGAGGCUUACGGGAGGACCCUUUUUCACUUAUCAGGGUCCUGGUAAAGGUCCAGAGGACAGGCACUGUGGGCUCAGCAGGCCCGAGUUUCUCGUGCUGACAUACACCGCUGGGUUGGUGCCGCUAUCACCAACAGCAUCACGCACCGCAACCUUUCGACUUGAUCUUGUUCAACAUCACUU